AUGCCCAAGGGAAAAGGUCCACAAGGGAAAAGGAUCACCUUGAAAGUGGCCAAAAAUGCAGUCCGGGUACUUUUUAAUGGAAGGCGCCGUCUUGAGUUAGGCAAAAUGGGCAUUGCCACCUUCCCCAAGUGCAUUCUGGAACUGGCUGAUGUGGAGGAACUUGAUUUGAGCAGAAACUUGUUAAGAAAGAUUCCAAACACCAUUGAGAAGUUCCAGAAUCUGAUGUGGCUGGAUCUGCACAGUAAUCAGAUUGAUGAGCUGCCCGCAGCAAUAGGCACACUUCAGAACCUUACUUUCCUGAAUUUAUGCAACAACAAGUUGACCACAAAAGGUCUACCACAAGAGUUGACGCUUCUCAGGAACCUGCGUACUCUCAACCUUGGCUUGAACUGCCUUGAGACUAUUCCCACCACUCUUGGGUCCCUGAGGGAACUUAUUGAGCUAGGUCUCUUUGACAACUCCUUGACCAUCAUCCCUAAGAGUGUGAAAAAGCUCCCCAAGCUUGAGAGACUGAAUGUAAAAAGAAACCCUUUACCAGAAUUUGCGGAGGAAGAAAAGCCAAUUGACACCGUUAAACGCAUAGAAUCACUUUACCUAAUUGAAAAGAAAGACCUGUGUGGUUCCUGCCUAGAGACGUGUCAGGGUGAGAGGGACGAGCUGCACAAGUUAGAGGACAUGGCACCCGGCCCCUCAGAUAAGCCAAGUUUCCCUUCACUCAGUACACCAAAUUCCACUGCAAGGGAUAACCAAGAAGAAUGGAGAAUAAAAGAAGAAGACGACAAUGACAAUCCUGGAAAUAUACCAGGGAACUCUGCAGACCAUGUUCCAUGA